UUAGGCGGUUUUAAAUUUUCAUACUUCACAUUUUAUACCUUUUGCAAAUUGGAACAGCCAACGUAGAUCAACUAUACGUGCACCACUGGUUUGUUAGUUGGUAUAUACUUGUAUGUGCUAGUUUUCAACGCACACAUUCCGAAUUUUACAUUGCACGUCUGAUCAAACAUUUUACUUGUUGGUUCGUUAAACGUUAUUUUCCAUUCGCAAUGCAUGCUUAAGAAAUAAAAAAUUACUAAAUCAGUCAAAAAAAAUACAUUUGACAUUUAUGCGAAUCCAACGCAUUUAAUUCAAAGUAAAAUACAAGUAUUCGCCACACAUCAAUUCAAUUGAGAAAGUUACACCAUCAAGUUUCUUCGACAAUCGAUAUCGCAAGCUAUCUUAUCAUCUGACACAAACCAUAUAUUUGUAAAGAUUAUAAAGAAUAGUUUUUCUCGACUUAAUAAACAAUUAUUGGAUCUUUACAAUAUGCACUUUGGACAUUGUUAAAUCAAUUGACGAAGAGAAACCAAACCGAACCGUGAAAAUAUAUUAAUUACACAGUACUCAAAGCAGGAUCCUUCUAAAAUUACGCAGGCAGCGGUUAUCGAAGGGAUUUUUUCAAAUUGAAACAAACACAGAAAAAGCGACUGCCUGUGCAUGUGGGGCAGCCGUGGCCGUGAUUGCAGUACAAAGCUACAGGUCACGCAAACAGCAACAAAAACAAGCAGGUGCACUGAAGGACAACCCUUUUGCACUGGACAGUCGUAAGCCCCCUCCUAGGUCUCGAGUGCAACCGUCAGACAAGAAAACAGCUUCCAAAAAUCCACUUCCUACAGGAAAGGAUGACGUAAUCGAUACUCAUUAUGACGUCAUAUGCAUUGGCAGUGGUCUGGGAUCAAUGACUACAGCUGCCACACUUUUCAAAAGCAGGUCAGCCCCACAUUUGGACAUUUGACUAAACAUUUAUCAGAGUCUCCAAAUCUUUGAGCAUCUACUGUACAACGUUACUUUUUCUUUAGAUACAUCGAGUUCGGGAGAGCUCAGAAAAUGUAUUCGGUCGAACUAAGAAUAAAUCGACUAAAUUUCGAGUUUUUAAAUGAAAAUCGUCCCGAGAAAAUCAUAGUUCAAACCCUGUAUAAAUCCCCAUUAAGAAAAACGGUAUUAUCAAAAUUUUCAAUUGUAGGGCGGAAAGUUCUGGUACUGGAGCAGCACACCAAGUUGGGUGGCUGCUGUCACACCUUCAAAGAAGGCCGCUUUGAGUUUGACACCGGACUACACUACGUUGGUAACAUGAACGGCCGAGGUUUCGCUAGCCGUGCUUUGGACCAGCUGUCCAAUGGACAAAUACAGUGGGAUCCAAUGAGCUCCGUCUACGAUGAGCUGGUACUAGGAACUGGACCAGAAUCUUUCAAGAAGUUUCCAAUCUACGCUGGAUUUGCGAUGUGGAAACAAUCUCUAUUAGAAACAUUUCCAACAGAGCUGAAAGCAAUAGAAAGUUUUGAGAAGCUCCUCACUCAAGCAUCUGGCGCGGACAUCUGCUUCGGGAUUCUCAAAAUGACUCCACGGUGGUUCUCAAAACUGUUCCUUAAACUGUGGUUUCUCAGUCCCGUGAAACAGUUUCACAUGUACUUCGAGAGAAGCGCUCACGAUGUCGUGUCCAGUUUAACUUCAAACAUCGAGCUCCAAGCAUGUUUCAACUACCUAUGGGGCGACUUCGGAGCACCGCCAAAACAAGCACCAUUCUUCAUGUGCAUGGGAGCCAACGAGCAUUACAUAAAAUAUGGAGCAUUUUACCCGCGGAAUGGACCAGCCAUAAUCCCGUACUACUUGAUGAAAACAAUUCGUGAAAGCGGAGGACAAUUUUACACAAAGGCCAAUGUCAGUCAGAUUCUCCUACGAAAAGACCAGAAAGGCAAACUUGAGGCCUACGGUGUCGAAAUUAAGUCCCAAAAAGGUCCCAAGGUACAAUUCACGGCUGAAAAAGUGGUCUCUGGAGCUGGUGUUCUCAACACCUUCCAAAAAUUGAUCCCACGUGAAAUAACUGAAAAAUCAUGUCCAGAUAUGAACCGAGUUCUUAACAAAACGAAGCCAAGUGCCAGCUACUUGAAUUUGUUUAUCGGUUUCAAAGAAACUUCAGCCCAGUUGAAACUGCCUGCUUGUAACAAUUGGGUUGUCCAUGGUGCUGAUUUUGAUGCAGUUUACAACGAGUGGAUGGGAUACGAAGAUCCUUAUGAGGCCAUGGAAAAAAUGUCGCUUCCGUUUCUAUUCGUCGGAUUCCCCUCGGCUAAAGACGGAAACUACGACUACAACAACAAUGCCGGAAGCACAUGUGUCGCCAUAACACUAGUGCCUUACAAGUGGUUUGAAAUGUGGAACCACCUCCCGCUAGGAAAGCGAGGCGAGCAGUAUGAGGCUCUCAAGACAGCCUUCACUCAGAAGAUCUGGGAGAAGAUUCUUCAACUAUAUCCUCAAUUGGAAGACAAACGCGAAAUAUGCGUCCUGGGAUCUUCAGUCACGAGUAACCACUACCUGAAUACAGACUAUGGGGAAAUUUACGGCCUAGAACACACAUUGUCUAGAUUCAGUUCUGACGUGAUGUCGAAAGUAAAGCCAAAGACCGAAAUCAAGGGACUCUACUUGACGGGCCAGGAUGUCACUACUUGCGGCAUAUCUUCAGCUAUUACAGCCGGCGUGAUGACGUCUACUCAAAUUCUAGGCAGAAAUUUGUUCACCGACUUGAAAAAAUUAUACAAUCGUAUAGGAGCUAAGUAGAUUUAAGAUAAACAAAUUGUAAACCACUAAAUUUGAAGUUAAUCUUGAAUCAGAGAUGAGAAAUGAACCCUAACAACGCAAUAAAAAAUUAAAUUCUUACAUCUUGGUGUAUCGAGACGUGUAAAAAUGUCAAUCGUUGACAGGCCAAAAAACUUUUUGAUGGUCACUUUUUGACACUGAAAGAAAUCCUAAGUACAGUGGGGUAGCAGAAGUUC